AUGUCAUCCAGUGAAUCGAUCAACAGUGACAAAUCUACUCAUUCUCUUUGUUCUUGUGGCACCAUUGACCAAGUGGAAUUGAAGAAGGGCAAAAGAAAGCCUGCUGCCUCCUGGACAUCAGAUGAAGAAGCUGUUUGUGUCGACUUUCUAUUGUCUCACUUUUCUGCGAGUGGUGAUGGAAAUUUCAAGACUCCGACACUUACUGCAGCUGCAAACUUACUGAAGGAGAGAUUCUCAAAUGCAAGUGGUGCUGAGAAGACAGCUAGUGUUUGUAAGACUAAGUGGCAAUCGCUCAAAUCAGGGUAUAAUGCUGUUUUAGAUAUCAAAAACACAUCAGGAUUUAUGUGGAGUGAUGAGUAUGGAGUGGGAAUUGUUACAAAGGAUGAUGAUGUCUGGAAUUGGUACAUCAAGUGGCGCCCUGCAGCAAAACCUUUUAAAAACAAAGAACCCCUGGCCCCAUCUGUUGCUCCCAUAGGAUCAUCGGUGUCUACUAGUGACAGCAAUAUGGCUUCCCCCACACAGGGUCUGGUUCCCAACACUCCUGGGCCAUCGCGCACUUUCAAUGAUCCCUCAUCAAUAACGCCAUCUACUCCAUCUAGUCAUCUUGCUUCUCCUAAUGCCACUACCGCAGUGCAAAGCGCAGCCAGCAACCCUUCAAUGGUUGGAUCUGAAUCGAGCUCUAGUGCCCGAAAAUGUACUCGGCCACUAUCUGUGACUGCCCAGGCACAGAAGGAUGGGAAUAAAACAAUGAAGGUGCCUGCUGGUUAUUUUGAUAACUUCUAUGUAACUUACGCAAUGAAGGUUCUCACUGAUUAUAUCAAAGAGUUUCUUGUAACUUCCCCCAGCAGGCCUCAGCCUGUUGUCACACCCAAUGACCCCCUUGCUCAUGCUAUUGUCUUGCUGUCAGAGCACAAGACUCUUGCAGAGGAUGAUCGGCUUGAGAUUGCAGACUACUUUGCUAGGGAGAAGGUGCAGGCUGUGAUUUUUUCUAACUUUCCAAAGACAGCUUGA